AUGCCAGGCAUGCAGAAGAUCCUUUCGGGAGUCAUCCGAUUCCGGGAGACUGUCAGAGCGGAUCUGGUGAGGCAGUUCGAAAAAAUUCGAGACAACCCGAAUCCAACAGCUGCGUUCUUCACCUGCAUGGACUCACGUAUGCUUCCGGCCAGAUUCACGUCGUGCAAUGUUGGAGACAUGUUUGUUGUGCGAAAUUCCGGAAACAUGGUUCCUCAUGCAGCUCACUACGGACCUUCCGGCUAUGAAGUUUCGGUGACCACCGAGCCAGCAGCUCUAGAACUAGCUGUCAAGCGUGGUCAUAUCAAUCAUGUGAUUGUCUGUGGACAUGCGGAUUGCAAGGCAAUCAAUACGCUGUACAAUCUCCACAAAAAUCCGAAAUGUUUUGAUCCUCAAUCACCAAUGGACCAUUGGCUGCGCCGUCAUGGUUACGAAUCACUACAGAAAUUAGAGGAACGUUUAGCGAACACUGCGAAGCCUUUGACAUUCGUUUCGGAAGUCCCGGGAUACACUUUCGAAGCUAUCAUCGAUCCUGAAAAUAAAUGGGGUGUCGAGGACAAAUUGUCACAGAUUAAUACACUGCAACAGUUGGAGAACAUGGCUAGUCACGGAUUCAUAACUGAGAUGCUCGAGAAAAAGACUGUGGAUUUGCACGCAAUGUGGUUUGACAUUUUCGCUGGUGAGAUGUACAUGUUCAGUAAACCACGCAAGCAGUUCAUUCUCAUUGACGAAAAGAGUGUGGACCAGCUGGAGCGCGAAAUAGAACAGCACAAAGCCUAG